AUGCUCCAGAGGCCCACGCCAACUAAAACAACACAAAUGGAGACCUCACACACGGAAGGGGCACCAAUAAUAGAGCCGCUACACGGGGACCGAGAGGCAGUAAAUGAGCCUGACACUGAACCCUCCUUAAGCCUGCAACAUGCUGACAGCUCGGCCCCGACCACCAAAGGGGACCUCAAAAUCCUCCUCGCAGACCUACGCAAAAUGAUGGCAGCUGACCUAGUGCCCCUACGAACGGAGAUCCAGGCUAAUACUACACGCCUUAAAGUGAUAGAAGAAGACAUCAUGGAUGUCAGAACCACGGUGAAUCACCUGAACG